GUUCCCAGAGCUUAGCGAGUGAACGACCGGCCGCCAAACCCAAGCGUUCUCGUCAAGAUCCGAACUCCUAUCCUCCUCGUCACGCGGCUGCCGCUUCCAGAUUCCGCCAUCCGCCUUCCGGUACCAGAGCCGGAGUCUGGAUAGCUCGCUCACGGCGGCCGCCGCCCGUCGGCACCACCAAGUCCCCAACGCUGCGCCGGCACAACAAGACUUGUGAAUCCAUCAAGUCUGGGAUGAAAUGUACAGUAUGUAUCAUAUAUGCAAUAUUGCAGUGUAUGGAGCCGGUCUCAUCUCGUUAGUGGAAAGUGUUAAGACCUCAGGAUCCCUUUUGCCAGUUGAUUUCAGAGGCCCGUUCGAUUCUUCACAAGAACAAAAAGAAAUUCCAUAGCUCAAGUGACUGAAGUUUUAUGGCUGUGACAAAUGGAUUAGUCCAUGCAUCAGCUAAGAAGCCCUUGUUUUCCUUUGGCGUUAUCGCUGAUGUCCAGUAUGCAGAUAUCCCAGACGGCCGCUCAUUCCUUGGUGUCCCACGCUACUACCGUCACAGCAUCAGUGUCCUCCAAAGGGCUGUCAAUACAUGGAACAAGCAUGGCAAUAUCAAGUUCUCAGUCAACUUUGGCGACAUCAUCGAUGGAUACUGCCCAAAGGACAAAUCGCUUUGGGCAUUGCAGAAGGUCCUUGACGAGUUUGAGAAUUUUGAUGGACCGACCUACCACAUGUUUGGCAACCAUUGCCUCUACAAUCUUCCUCGGAGCAAGCUAGUGGACUUGCUGAAGAUGCCAACGGAUUCUGAUCGUGCAUACUAUGACUUCUCACCAUGUCCUGAAUACAGAUUUGUUGUUUUGGAUGCUUAUGACUUCAGUGUGCUUGGCUGGCCUCGUGACCAUCCUGUGACUGCGGCAGCGAUGAAGCUCCUGGAUGAAAAGAACCCAAACGCCGACAAGAACAGCCCUAACGGUUUGGUUGGCAUCGACAGGCGGUUCGUGAUGUUCAACGGUGCAGUCGGCAAGGAACAGCUGUCCUGGCUGGAUGAUGUUCUCCAGGAUGCAUCAGAGUGCCGGCAAAAUGUCAUCUUAUGCAGUCAUCUCCCAAUGGACCCCGGUGCAUCAUCCCCAGAAGCUCUUAUGUGGAACUAUGGUGAGGUGAUGGCCAUUGUUCGUCGCUACAACUGUGUCAAGGCCUGCUUUGCGGGGCACGACCACAUGGGCGGGCACUCCGUGGACUCCCAUGGCGUGCACCAUCGUGCUCUCGAGGCUGCAUUGGAGUGCCCUCCUGGCACCAGUGCAUUUGGGCACAUCGAAGUAUACCCUGACAGGCUAUUGCUUGUAGGCUCUGAUGGAAUGGCUGAUACUGAAAUGUGUUUUCAGUCCCUGGGAGUUUUUUUAUGAUGUUGCUCUGGAAAAGAUUCACAUUGACGAAAAGAUUCACAUUGACGAAAAAAUUCACGCAACUUCAUUUUUUUUUAUGAUGUUGCUCUGGAAAAGAUUCACAUUGACGAAACUAUUGCAUUGUAAUUAUGUAAGUAACAUUUAUACUGGCAGAGAAAAUGGUAAUGGAACUGCUGUAAUGAUUAGUUCUCUCUUCA